AUGAAGUAUCUGGAGUUUGGCAUCGUCGCAGGUGUUCCCGUUUCCAUCAACGGACAAUCCAUCUUGCCCGCCUCCCUCCUCGCGGAGCUCAACGAAACUGGCGGGAAGCACGGCAUCGGGCGCAUCGACAUGGUGGAGAACCGUCUCGUCUGCAUGAAGUCCCGCGGCGUCUACGAGACCCCCGGUGGCACCAUCAUGGCCGUGGCGGUGCGCGAGCUGGAGGCCCUGACGCUGGACAGGGAGACCACGCAGCGGAAGGACAUGGUGGCGCUCAAGUACGCUGAGCUGGGGCUCGGUGAGCGUUACAGUGAGGACAUUUCAUCGUUUGAGAACGGGGAGAUCUACAACCAGGCUGACGCCGAGGGGUUCAUCCGGCUCUAUGAUCUCUAA